AUGUGGAGAGGAGUGGACUUCAAUCCUCCGGAUGAGUACGAACAUGAAGCUCCUGGCUAUGCUGAUGGAUCGAAGAUGUUAACAGUGAAAUUGCGGGAUAGUGGUGGUUUCAUUCUCCAGCGUGAUUACAAAUAUGUAGAGGGCGAGGCUGAGUAUUUUGACGACGUGAAUUACGAGUUGCUCACAGUUGAAGCUUUGUAUAAGCUAAUUGACAAGACUGGGUAUUGUAGGCCACAUAAAUUGUUCUAUCUUGUGCCAGAUGAUGUGGGCACUCCCAAGUUUACAAGGAUUGAAGAUGAUGAAGAUAUCGGUAGACUGAUUGAGAUGAAGACUCCCCACAGGUUGGUGGAAGUUUUUAGGAUAGCUUCAAUUGAGUUUGAUCCAUUCAUGAAGAGUGUCCGGGUUGAUAAUGAGGUGGAUAGUAAUGAAGAUGAGGACAGUGAAGAUGAAGACUAUAUUGAUAGUGAAUUUGAGAUGAGUGAAGAUGAUGAAGAUUUUAAGAAAUAUGUCGAUGAAAGGCUGGAAUCGACUACAUGGUGCUCAUAUAGAAGUGAAUCAGAGUUUGUACGGCAUGAGGAUGUUGGGGUGGGAACUGGUAGUGGAGAGAAUGAAAGUGAUGAUGAUUGUGGGUCUUGUGAUAAUCUGCACAGCAUAGCUGGAAGUGAUGAAGAUGAUGAUACUCUAAGACAACAUGGAAUAAAGGACAGGAGAAAGAUCAAUUUUCAGAAAAAUGAUAAGAAGUUUGUCAGAGGAUACUGUGAGAAUUGCAAUUGGGAGGUUUAUGGAGUGAAAGUUGACGAUGAAAAGGAUCCUACAUUUCAAAUUAGGACAGUGAACACCAAGCACACCUGUGGAAGAGUCAACAGUAGCAGAAAUGUGAACUCAGACAUAGUUUCAGAUUGGUAUGUCGCUGAUUUUGCGGAUGAUCCUAAAAUCAGUGUGAGUCACCUGCAAUUUAGGGUUUUGAAUGAGCAUAGGCUGACUAUUUCUCGAACACAAGCAUGGAAUGCAAAGAAAAAAGCUCUUGAAAAGCUGCAGGAAAUAAGAGAUGCAGAAGCAAACAUGACUGCUGGAAGGCCACAUGAUGAAAUACCGCCACUUUGCGAGUGUUGUCAUCAAUAUGGCCACACAGCCGACACAUGCGAAGUUAUGGAUUUUUGUAAUUGGAUGCAAGAUAACAACAUGAACACGGAGGGUGGUGGUGCUGGCCAAACUAUUGGACCAGAAAAUAGUGAACCAACAAAUGACACAACUGCAGAUGAUGUCAUUUUGCUUGAUGAGGUGAUAAACACACCAAAUGCUCCAGAUGAAAGUCAAUUUGAAGAUGAUUUCUUACAGAACUUUGUCAAGUGUGAUUACUACCCACAAUAUGGUCACACUAAAGUGGAUUGCCCAGAAUUUGAGUCUGAUUGCCGAAAAAAGUCCAAAUCUGCUGCUGUUGAGGGACUUGGUGGGUUAGUUUGCACCAACUUAAACGGUGAUUUUCAUGCUGCUAUUCAUGGUAUUAUCAACAAACUCAAGCGGCCACAGGCUGUUAAAAGUUCUGAGCGAUCUGCAUCUGUUACAAAACUGGGGCGAAUGGAACAUGCAACUGGUGCGGGUGAUUUGGGUCAUCACCAAAUGGGACAAACUGCAGCUGUUACUGCACAGGUCAUAGUCUCAUCUGAGGAACCAAGUGUGUCUCACGCAAUGAAGAAGAAAAAAAAGGCAAACAAAAACGUUUGUGCUCCCAUUAAGAGAAGGUGCAUUGCUAGGCUGAAAGCUGCCUAUGCUUUCAAGAAAAAGAAUGAUGGACUUGGAGAGACUGCGGCUGAGCCCGUCGUGUUGGAUUAUGAGUGCCCUGAACAAACAAAGAAGCCAAAAUCUACCAAAGUCUAA